AUGUGUUCCUAACAAUAGGCUAAUGGGAAGGCAGAGAGCUCACCUGGAGAUGAGAGCCACACACAGCCCAAUGGUAGUUACAGGCAAUUCCAUAGACUUAACAUGGCAGCAGUCAGCUUUGAAGAGUUUUCUGUCCCUCCUGGCUCUGAGCUGGCUCUUCCACCACUAUUUGGGGGAAAUAUCUUGGAAAGCGAGCUAGAAACCGAGGUAGAAUUUGUAGAUGGAGGUCUCAGCGGAGAUAACCAUCAGGAAGAGGAGGAAGAAGAAGCUCAAUUGAGAUUGAAAGAGCUCAACAAGCGGAAGUUCCUUGCCCUAAGUCGACGGUGCAAAGAAAUUGAACAGGUAAACGAAAGAAUUCUCAAUAGGCUCCACGAAGUUCAAAAAAUAACGCGAAGGCUUAAACGAGAAAGGAGAUGUCUGAUGAAAGUCUUGGACUCCUACGGAGAUGAUUAUAGAAAUAGCCAUCUUACUUUUUUGCUUGAGGAGGAAGGGGCCCAUCAGUCCAACACACCAAAUCCUGAGGAUUCUGAGAAUGAACACCAAGAAAACGAUGAGCUCACCAUUGGUCAGAGAUGUUUAUCAGGCCAAUCACUUGGUCUGGAGACUGCUAGCCCAGAAAGCCCAUCUCUUACAGAAGGACCCCCAGCCAAAAAGAGAAAGAAGCAGAAGGAAGACAAAGUGCACAUUGUCAAAAAGCUCUCCCCUUCUCUCCUUCCUUCAGAACCACUGCUGGCCCAGGUGAAGAUUGAAGAGGACUAUCUGUGUGAGGGGGAUGAGGAGCUUCCACUCAGCUGGCAACCUCUCAGCCCACGUGACAAGAUUCUCCAAUACACAAAGUUUUCCAGUCCUGGAACUUGCCCGGACUUUGACUGACGCUCCAGAUAUUAGGCGAUUCAUAUUUUGUAUGUUGGAAAGAUUGAAUAUGAACUUGAGUAUUGUUCAGUGAACAGGAUAUUAAGGGGGCACACAGUGUGCAGUAGUUAUGGUGUUUGGAGUCUGAAAAAAUGUAUUACUGUGAAUUUCCUCAUUUUGCAGAUUUUAGCAGGGACAAAGCUCAACAUUCAGAUCACUUGGCAUAAUACUGGAAUUUACAGCAAUAUCCUGGCCUCCAUUUCAUUUUCAUGAGACUUGAUGUAUAUGUGUCACACAAAUGCACCCUUACUAGGUUCAAAUGCAAGUCUACUGCAAAGCUCCAUAUAUUGCAGUAAAGGAAGUGUAAACAUUACAUGACUUCUUACAGGAGGUGUUUAUGAAGGUAUUGUAAGUAACAUGCAGGGAGGUGUUACUAGGGCUGCAUAAACAAAGUGAUUUAACUCCUAAAUGGCAGAGACAUGACCAGUGAGACUGCAGGAGCACGAUCUAUACACCUGAACUACUUCAUUAAGCUAAAGCUGUUUUGGUGACUAUUGUCCCUUUAACUCUCUGGUGAAAUGAAAAAAAUAUAUAUCUACUUGGAUUUAUAAUGAGAGGAUGUCUCAAUGUGUCACAAAAUGCCUAGAUUAAAUUUACGCACAAGCAGCGCCCAUCUUUUCUGGAGCAGAUUAAGAGAUUAUGCCCUGUGGUAAAUUACAAUACCUCCAAUAAUCAGGAUGGUAGUAAUAGAGGAAUGUCGAUGUUUAAUCAAUCUGCAUGCAAAGAUCCACUUUUGCUAGCAUAGGACAAUUGUGUACUCUGUCAUUCAAUGAAAAGUUUUGUGUACAAUGUGUUUUUUGUUCUACAUUGUUUUGAGUUUCAUGGAUUUUCUUGUUGUUUAUUCACUAUUGUGAACAUAUAUUAAGAGUAUUAUUGAAGCUACACCUACUUUAAUUAUAAAAACUUAGCUGGCAUUGAUACUAUUGAGCAACAAUAGCAUCAACUAAUGCCCUACUGUACAGGUGUAUAUUGUCACAAGCUAAUAAAAUCUUUGAAUAUUUA